AUGGCAGACGAGUUAGCAGAACUGAAAGCUGAGGUCAAGCGGCUGCAUGCUAAAAUACAAAAGGUGGAAGAGACAGAUGAAGCAGAAAUCAGGAAAGUGCAUUUCAAAUAUGGCUACUACCUGGACAAAUGUCUCUACAACGAGGUAGUCGACAUGUUCUCGAACCACCCCGACGCAUACGUUGAGUUCCUGGGGUCACGGUAUCGACGUAAAGAAGGCAUCCGACGAUUAUAUAUCGGACGGUUCCAGAACACGUUCGUCAAGGGGCGCAACGGACCGGUAUACGGCUUCCUCCUCGACCACCCGAUGAUGCAGGAGAUCGUGGACGUGGACCCGUCAGGGACGCGAGCUUGGGCACGGAUCCGCGCCCUCAUGUCCGCAGGCACGCACCAGUCGAUCCAAGAAGAGCAUCCGCGUGGACACGCGCAGUGGUGGGAGGGCGGACUGUACGAGAAUGAAUACAUCAAGGAGGACGGCGUGUGGAAGCCGUUCCGCUACCGCUAUUUUCCAUUCUGGCACGCGGAUUUCGAGCGUGGCUGGUCCCAUACCAAGAAGAACUAUAUCCCCUGGCCGAAGAAGACGUUUCCUGAGGAUCCCAUCGGUCCGGACGAGUUGAUCGAGCAGCAGAUGCUCUGGCCGGACACGAGGGUCAUUCCAUUCCACUAUCCGCAUCCGGUCACUGGCGAGAAGGUCAAGGAGGAUGACCUCAGGGCUCCUAAGUAUGGCCAAGAUGUCAGCACCGCGUUGCCGGCGUUGACAUUGGCGUUACCACAAGAUCAGCAGGAAGCGCUGGCGAAGGAUAACGGUACCCUAGCGGACAAGGCGGUGGUGGCAGACAUUGUGAAGAGCAACGCCGAAAUUGCAGAUGCUGCACCUGCUUGA